AUGUCUGGUCUUCAGCCUGUUGCAAGCCUUAAGGGCAAAAGUGUCACGAGCGCCGCGCAGUUCACGCGCGCCGACAUCGACGCGCUGAUUCAGCUCGCCGGCGCCAUGCAGCGCAGGGUCGACAGCGGCGAGGUGCUGAGCCUUUUACAAGGCCGCAUCAUGACGCCGCUCUUCUUCGAGGACUCCUCCCGCACGUUCAGCUCUUUCUGCGCCGCCAUGCUGCGGCUCGGCGGCAGCGUGGUGAACUUCAAGGUGGAGACGUCGUCCGUCAGCAAGGGCGAGACGCUCGCCGACACGGUGCGGACGCUCGACGCGUACAGCGACGUGCUGGUGAUGCGGCACCCACGGCAGGAGGCGAUCGACGAGGCGCUGGCGGCCGCAACGCACCCCGUCAUGAACGCCGGCAACGGCGCCGGUGAGCACCCGACGCAGGCGCUGCUCGACACGCUCACGAUCCACGCGGAGCUCGGCCGCGUCGACGGCAUCACCAUCGCACUCAUCGGCGACCUCAAGAUGGGCCGGACGGUGCACUCGCUGCUGAAGCUGCUCGUGCGCAACUUCGCCAUCAACACGGUCUUCCUCGUCGCCCCCGACGCGCUGCAGAUGCCGCAGGACGUGCUGGACUCGCUGCAGCACGAGAUCGCCGCGAAGGGCGUGCGGCUCCACCGUGUCGCGGCGCUCACGGAGGAGGUGAUGCGGCAGAGCGACGUGCUGUACGCCACACGCCUGCAGAAGGAGCGCUUCGUCGCGUCGGCGAACAGCACCGACGCGGCGGCGCUGGAGUCGUUCGAGGCGGCCAAGGCGGACAUCACCAUCAACGCCGCUCGGAUGCGGAUGGCGAAGGAGAAGAUGAUCGUGAUGCACCCGCUGCCGCGCAACGACGAGCUCAGCACAGAUCUCGACGCCGACCCGCGCGCCGCCUACUUUAGGCAGAUGCGCUACGGGCUGUUUAUGCGCAUGGCCAUCCUCUGGAGCGUUCUGGCGUGA